AAAAAAACAACCCUCCUCGUGAGCAGUGGGCCUCUUUACCACGUGACCAAGGGGGGCGUAUUUAAGCUGCUGGCGCGAGAUUCUCAGAGAAGAGAAAAGGCUGAAGGACGAGGCGCGGGUUAUUCAACGGUAAAAGAAAAUGAGUUUCGGUGCAAAGCUUAAACACAGCGGCCACAAGUCUAACGAGAAUAUAAGGAGCUUUUUCACACCAUCUCAAAAGGCAAUGGGAACUCCCAGGCAAACUCUGCAGGUCCUCCAACCCUCAGCAGUCAACACAGAUUUGGGAAGGUCGGCUCAGUCUGGUAAGGUUAUUCCCAAACGGAAACAGUGGAGUGCAGAACAAACUAGAGGUCCAAAGAGGGUGAAGGUAGAAGUCAAAUCCACACAAACUGAAGAAACUCAGUGUCUGACAGAUGGCAUGUCCACUGAAGCGUAUGAACUUAUGGUCAAAGAGACGCCACCUUCCACCUAUUGGAAAGAGGUCGCAGAGGAGCGCCGGAAGGCCUUGUACAAUGUUCUACAGGAGAACGAGAAGUUGCACAAAGACAUCGAGGCCAAAGAUGAACGGAUAACAAAGCUCAAGUGUGAAAAUGAAGAGCUGCAUGAGCUGGCACAACACGUACAGUACAUGGCUGAUAUGAUUGAGCGACUGACUGGGAAGAGUCCAGACAAUCUGGAGGAACUGAGAGAGAUGGCCCUUGAUGUGGAUGAGGAGGAUGAACAUAAUGACAGUGAAUUGGCAGGUCUGAGUGAAGAAGAGGAUGAACAUGAUGGCAGUGAAUUGGCAGGUCUGAGUGAGGAAGAAGACUCGGAUUAUAGUCAGAGUGAUGCAGAAGAAGAAGCCUCAGACCAUGAACAAGCUGGACCCUCAGGAGAGCAAGAUCAAUGACCCAAAUUGAGUCAUGGGACUUACACCUGCUUGGACGAGUCAGCAGGUUUAAGUUACAAUGUGCUUCGACAGCAGCAAGUGGUCAUCCUUUAACUGAACUGUCUAAAUAGUUGUUUCAAAAUGGCAUCGUUUUUAAUGCCGGCAAGGUAAUUUUUUGUUUUUUAAAAUAAUUUUAAGCUUUUCUCUUUAAAGAGGCCUUCAGAACUAUGCAGUAUAGCCUUUUUUCACUGCAGACAUUUUGACAGCACAAGUGGGGAAAAAAGAUCUUCGCUGUAACAUGUGACUCAGUUGCUGCUGAAAGGAUGUCUAAAGGAAAGUCUAAAUUAGCACAUCAGACCCUACAUUGCUUUCUUGACAGCUGGCACCUGAUCAACAGACCAUCAAAAUGUGUGCAGUGGAGACUGUCUAACUGCCAGAUGUGGCUUAGAGCAGGGCCCAUAAAGUGUGUAUCAACACUGUAUAUUGUACAAUGUGAUUGCUCAAUGUGUAUAUAAAGCAUAUGUAAAAUAAACAUGCUUUUU